CUCGCAUCAAUACGUACUAUAACCACAAAUCGGACAAUGGAAAUCGGUAAAGAGUUGCACAUUGUUUGCAAAGUACAAGGACGGCCACCGCCCAAGGUCACCUGGUUCAAGGAUGGCAAAUCGAUUAAUCGUAAUCGUAAAUUGUACAAAUUUCGGCAUUUCAAAAAGCGUUCUGAACUGAUCAUACGUUCGUUUAACAUUUCCGAUACGGGGCGCUAUGAGUGUCGCGCUAAAAAUAAAAUCAAUCAGGAGCCAGAUCGACGCACCAUUUUAAUUAAAGCGGAUCCAGAGCCACGUUAUCCAACAAGUUUAACGGGCGGAACUGGCAAUGUUUGUCCCGAUGAUGCUGCUGAAUUUUGUCUAAAUGGUGGCACUUGUAAUUUCUUUUCGGAAAUCGGCUCGUAUUCUUGCAUAUGUCCGGAAGGAUUCAUGGGCGAACGCUGCGACCGCAAGGAAGUCAAUAAUAUAUCUCCCAAUAUUACCUUCAAAGUGGGUUACAUUGCCGACGAUCCUAACUCGUAUACGGAAACACUGCCAUUGAACAGACCUAACGACGAAGCGCUGAAGCUGGAGAGGAAUUGAGAUCAAUAGGAUUGUGCUCGUACUCAAAACUAUCCAAAGUUUUAGAAAACUAUCAGAGUUUU